AUGACGUCUGCGGAGGGGCGUCAGCAGGGUGGGGAACCGAGGUGUCCAGAGAGGGAAGGCCGAGCGGGCGCAUCGUUGCAUGCGCGGGAGAUAUUUUUGGCCGCAGAGUGUCACCUUGACGUGGUGGAAGUCAUCAGUAUCUCUGGUGCUAUUAUUCCUACUUCGGCGGCGAUCGGAUUGCACUUUUACCCAAUUUGGGAAGCUGCAUCUGUUGAUGAGUGGUUAUACAAUGGUGGUCCUUAUGAGCUAAUUGUUCUACACUUCUUACUUGGUGUAGCUUGUUAUAUGGGUCGUGAGUGGGAACUUAGUUUCCGUUUGGGUAUGCGUCCUUGGAUUGCUGUUGCAUACUUAGCUCCUGUUGCGGCUGCUACUGCUGUUUUCUUGAUUUACCCUAUUGGACAAGGAAGCUUCUCUGAUGGUAUGCCUUUAGGAAUAUCUGGUACUUUCAACUUUAUGAUUGUAUUCCAGGCAGAGCACAACAUCCUUAUGCAUCCAUUCCACAUGUUAGGUGUAGCUGGUGUAUUCGGCGGCUCCCUAUUUAGUGCUAUGCAUGGUUCCUUGGUAACCUCUAGUUUGAUCAGGGAAACUACUGAAAAUGAAUCUGCUAAUGAGGGUUACAAAUUUGGACAAGAGGAAGAGACUUAUAAUAUACGAAAGGAGAUUUUAUCCUUACCAACUAGAUCUUAUUGCACCUGGUAA